UUUGAUAUUUUUAUGAAUACAUAUAUGACAACGCUAUAGUGACCAUUGUUUAUUCAUUCUGAUGACGGUAAAGGUAGAAAUUUUAUUGUAAGGCUUUGUUACGGUGGAUAAUCGGAGAUUAAUAAGUUGGACGACGUUCGACGGCCCAAGCGUACGAAGGAGGAGAACUCCGGAUGGGUCUGUAACUUCGAGAAACUCUGUCCGACUUGUGCUCGCGAGUGAAUGGGGGGUGGUACCUGCAAAGACACUUCGAUGCCUAAGUUAGCAAGGGUGUGAGCAGGUCUAGAGAGUAUUGGACUUAGAGAUACCUGAGGAGUGUCAGUGUAUUUAUAGUGGUGAGCCAAUAACCACCGUUGGAGUAGUGCCGUAUCUUUAGGGUGUUAACCGUUCCCAUUAUCUUGGGGAGGUUAAGAUAUGGCUUUAUGAAACGGUUAGAGAGAUUUUAGGGGCGGUUACUCAUUUGAAUGAGUGUUUAUCUGCCAGCUAAUCUCACAUCCGACUUCUUCGGACCAAGUCGUGGUUGAUACCGACUUCUUAUGUGAAGGUCGGCACUUAGCUAGGCUCUAAUCCUUCAGAUUAGGCAUUUUAUUUGGACCUGGGCCUUUAUCGUUGGGCCAGGGUAUGAACAGUGCCCCUACUUGAGCCCAAAUUUUCUUUAAAGUUUGGGUUCAAGUACUUAACUCGGGUUUGUAGUCGACUUGCUUGGAGAAAUGGGGGUCUUAUAAACCGACGUGAUUUUUGCGACCCUUUGUUUCUGACAGUUACGUCAAUUCAAGCGUCGUGUCCGUUGGGGAAGCAUUGAGGGCUUUGGUAACGGUGCAAUCUCAUUAAUGACUGCUCCGCUUUUACCUUUAUGCCCCUUGGCAUGUUUAUAAAUACUUUCCCUCUCUUUCUUUUUUCCGUUUCUGCAAUCUUUCAAACUUCUUCUUUCCUUGCUCGUGCUGUAUUCUUGUGUUUGAAGAUUUUCGCUCUCUCCAACCUUCAUUUCUCGGAUAAAGGUUAGUUUCAUUUCUUCCAUGUCAUGCCUUAUGUUUGCAUGCUGUGUUUUAUGUGUGUGGAUAGGUUGGUCUGUAGAUUCUAGCUUCGUAUCUCUCCUCUCUAGGGGCCGUGUUUUUUGAUUUUCCUUUUCUUUUUUCCUUUUGUAGGUUUCUGCCACUUUUCUUUAUAUAUAAAAAAUGGCUUCCGUAGACGUUCUUUCUCAGUGGGUUGAUGUUACAGUCCUUGGGGAGGAACCGUUGGUCGAUGCUGAGUUUAUCACUCACCUUCGUACUCAUUACAGGCUCUGUACUUCGGAGGAGGACGAGCCAAAAUAUGAACUGAUAAUCCCGGGUCCGGAAGACCGGGUCUGUUUUGGGAGAGUUGAUGAGGCGGCCCCUCAUUUUUUCUUUAUGUAUGAAUGUAUGAUCACCCGCUUGGGUGUUUUUCUUCCUUUCUCGGAUUUCGAGAUAUCUGUUUUGCACCACUGUAGAGUUGCCCCUACUCAACUUCACCCUAAUUCUUGGGGUUUUUUAAAGAUCUAUCAGUUUAUUAGCCACGCUCUGGACUUUCCGACCUCUUUGAGGAUUUUCUUCUUUCUUUUUCAUAUGACCAAGCCCUUUAGUGGGCUAAACAACAAACAGCAAUGGGUAUCCUUCCGAGCCAUACAAGGUCGGAGGAUUUUCACCCUUUUCGACGAAUCUUUUCAUGACUUCAAAAACUACUUUUUCAAAGUUCAAGCCGUAGAAGGUCACCACCCCUUUUUCCUGGAUGAGCAUUCCUCCCCUCGCUUUCCCCUUUGUUGGUUGCCGUCUUCCCCUUGUGUAAAGUAUGGUCCAGAUGACCUUGAUGAGGUGGAGGCAGCCAUUGCGGGGUUUUUCCGAGAAGCGUGGGGGAGGGCCCCGUACUUGGAUACCAGGAAAAUCCUCCAGGGAACGCCGACUUUUGUUCAAUCUCAACUAGAUAUGGCAAGGAAGAAUGCUCAGGAGGCUUUCCAGCGAGUGCAGGAGGCUAAAGCGAAGUCCCGGGCUAGAGCUGGUGGUGCCCGGGCGAUCACCUCUCCUCCUCCUCCUCCUCCUCCUCCUAAGACUACGGGCACUCCCUCUCAACCCCUUAUAAUUUCUUCCUCAAGUUUGUCUCGACCACUCCCUUCUGCCCAACUACUCUCCGAGCCAGAAAAGAAGAAGCGCAAGACUUCGGAGUCUGGCUCUUCUUUGGAUGGUGGGGUUAAGGCGGAUGCUCUUGCAUUCGUCCGAAAGAACAUCUAUCCUUACAUAAGCAUGGAUGAUGCUUCUGUUCGGAACCACCUCACCGCUCUGGCCGAGGAAAGUUUUAGGGCGGCGGGUGUUUGUGGCAAACUUUUGGACAUUUUUUAGAAGACUCCCCUCAGCUCUUUGGGGGCAUCCUCGAAGGUUGAGGAGUUGGAGGGGAGGAUUCUUAUUUAUGAAAAACAUGAGAAGGAGUUGAAGGAGGAGAGAAAUAAAUUGAGGAAGGAAAGGGAUCACCUUAAGGAGGAGGAGAGUAAGCUGCGGGCUCAAUGUACUUUGGAGGCAAAUUUGAGAAAAACAGCACAAGACAGCUACCACAGUUUAUUUCAAGAUAUUGUGGCUGUGAGGAAGGACUUGAUGAAUUCUCGGAACGCAUACGCCGAGUUGGAGGACUCUAUUGCUGAUGGGGCCGAGGAGUCUUGGAGAAUUUUCCUGGAGCAAGUCAGAGUUAUCGCUCCCGACUUGGAUCUUUCUCCUUUACAUCCCGACAAGGUAGUUAUUGACGGCGCCAUCGUUGAUCCUCCUGUCCCCGAGGUUGUUUCUGAGUCGGAUCUGAAGACUCGGGGGCAGAGGAUUAUUGAGUCUCCUCCUCGUUCCAAAGAUGCUCCGAGUCCUUCCUCCGUUCCUCCGAUUGGUCCUGGUGGCGCUCCUCCUGAGUCUAG